UCUUUCUCUGUAGUCUGUGGGAGGAGCACAGCCAGUGGGGUGGUUUCACCCUGAUGUCACUGAGUGACAGCUCUGAGAAGAUGGCGGAGGGUAGUGGAGCAGAGUAAGAUACGGUGUCAAACCCCUCUGAAAAUAAUUCUAACAAUCUACUUGCCCGAGCUCAUCACUCAUAUAGUGUAGUUGUCUUUCAACUGCCAAAACACGGAGUUUAGGUGGUGUGAAAAGGCAUAGUUCUGACAUCUACGAAUCCAGCAACAGUAAAUAUGAGGGGAUUGUUAAAAGAUUGACGGCAGCUGCAUCAAGUAACUGGUUAAUUCCUGGUAUAGAGGAAGCCGAGUUUCAGUUUUGCAGGCCUUUCUUUUUUCUGUUAAUGUAAAUCUUCAACUCUUUCAGGGGCUUGGAUUUAUAAAAAACGGCAAUCUGCUUGCGUCAACCUGGGUGCUGCAAGGGAUCCCCCAAGUGAAUCUAAUGGUGAUUAAUGUUUGUUUCGAAAAUCAUGCUUUUUGAAUAAGCUGAUUUUUGAUCUGUUUCUAAAAGCUCACGGGAAAGGAUCUAUAGUUGAUUUGUUGUUGCUGACGACAGGAAGAAGUAUUUUGUAUAUCUUCUCGCUGUCUGAAUCACUCACUAAUCGUAAUGGCUCACUCCCCGGUGCAGUCGGGCCUGCCUGGGAUGCAGAAUUCAAAAGCAGAUCCAGAGGAACUUUUCACAAAAUUAGAAAAGAUCGGCAAGGGUUCUUUUGGAGAAGUUUUUAAAGGCAUUGACAAUCGGACUCAGAAAGUUGUUGCAAUAAAAAUAAUUGACUUGGAGGAAGCUGAAGAUGAAAUUGAAGAUAUUCAACAGGAAAUAACAGUGUUAAGCCAAUGUGACAGUCCCUAUGUAACAAAAUACUAUGGAUCUUACCUUAAAGGUACAAAGUUAUGGAUAAUAAUGGAGUACCUUGGAGGUGGCUCUGCUUUGGAUUUGUUAGAGCCUGGCCCCCUGGAUGAAACACAGAUCGCUACAAUUUUAAGAGAAAUAUUAAAGGGACUUGAUUAUCUUCAUUCAGAGAAAAAAAUCCAUAGGGAUAUCAAAGCUGCCAAUGUGUUAUUGUCAGAACAAGGAGAAGUAAAACUGGCUGAUUUUGGUGUAGCAGGUCAAUUAACGGACACACAGAUAAAGAGAAAUACAUUUGUGGGCACUCCAUUCUGGAUGGCACCAGAAGUAAUAAGGCAGUCAGCAUAUGAUUCAAAGGCAGAUAUUUGGUCACUGGGGAUAACAGCAAUUGAAUUAGCAAAAGGAGAACCACCCCAUUCAGAACUACAUCCCAUGAAGGUUCUUUUCCUCAUUCCCAAGAAUAACCCACCAACAUUAGAAGGCAACUAUAGCAAGCCAUUGAAAGAGUUUGUUGAAGCAUGCUUAAAUAAGGAUCCCAGUUUUAGGCCUACAGCAAAGGAAUUGGUGAAACACAAAUUUAUAUUGAGGAAUUCAAAAAAAACAUCAUAUCUUACAGAGCUUAUCGACAGGUACAAGAGGUGGAAGGCAGAGCAGACCCAUGAUGACUCUAGCUCAGAUGAGUCUGAUACGGAAGCAGACGAACAGGCUUCAGGUGGAGCUGACCACAGUGGUUGGAUCUUCACAGUGAAAGUAAAAGAUCCCAAAAAACUUCAGAAUGGAACAGGUCAGCCUGAAGAAUUAGAAAGAAAUAAGGUACAAGACAUCCCAAAGAGACCAUCUUCGCAGUGCUUAUCCACAAUAAUCUCACCUUUAUUUGAAGAGUUAAAAGAAAAGACCCAAGCAAAUGGCGGCAAUACAGGAGCAACUGAAGAGCUUAAAGCAGCUAUUUAUUUAGCAGAAGAGGCAUGUCCAGGCAUAUCAGAUACAAUGAUUUCAUUGCUAGUCCAGCGAAUUCAGAGGUAA